UGUAUGUGUGCGUCUUUUGCUGUUGCUGUCCAAAUGCAUAAUUUUGACUCCGGUCAAAACAAGGUGUUUAAUAAUGGAUUUAGUGUUUGGAAGUAUUUAAAGUUUAGUGUGUAGAAAAAUAUUUACGAUAUCUAGAUUUGAUUUGGGAAAGCGAAGUUGUGUUUUACUCAAUUUAUUCUUGUAGUAUAGCUGGCGAGAACACCCUUGAAUUAUGGUUAAUUUCAUGUGAAGAAAUUGCUCUAAUUGUCUGCAGAAGAUAGUGAUGAAAUACAUAAAGAAUUUAUAUAAACAUUUCACAGUUAGUUAAAAUGUGCAAAGUGUUUACAAGCAAUGAAACACUUUUCGUUUGAAGCUACGUCUGUGUGAGGAAUACGGAACCAUGGAAUGUUCUUGGAAAUUGUGAUACAUGCCUUUUAAGUUUUCCUAGCACAAUGUCCUCUAUCCUGCGAAAUGUGAUGGCACUAGGCAAUCGGGAGUCGACUGUCAAAGACUCGCUCCUGAAGCACUUGUCAAACAGUGUGAAGCAAAUUCAGCUGGGACAGACGCAACCGAGCUCCUCAUGCGAGAACGAGGAUCACACUAACCUGUGCACAGUACUGGAAGCUAUUUUUAUCCACGGACUGAAAGAUACGUUCAUCACCCGCGUCACACAGGUUAUUGGGAGCGAUCCCGACCUGCAUCCUGAACCGUCUUUUUGGGGACCGUUGUUGAUAUUUUCACAUAGAGAGAUCAUUGACCAGAUAACAGUGUUGAACUUGGUGACGACGGAUGUGGGACGUUGUCGUGCGUGGUUACGAGUGGUCUUGAAUGACUGUCUUCUCUCGAGCUAUUUUCAAGCGAUGAGGCAAGACAACAAAGCACUGUUGCCUUAUUACAAAAGAAGUGCUUUCGUUAGAGACCCUGAGCUACUAGAUGUCUCCCAGCGACUGAUUCAGGGCGUUGAGGGGUACACGUUCUGUUUCGUCAGCAACUCCAGUCUUCUGAACAUGUGGACCAAUCCCCCGCUGCUGCUGGCCGGGUUGUGGAUGCCACCCAUGCGAACGUGCCCGGUGGCAUCGGGAGUCGACAUAGUGAACAUGCUAGAAGAAAUGCCAGCGCCGAUCACGGAGGUUGCUGUGCCGAAGAAGUCCUCGCCGAUGGACUUGAGGCAGGUGGUGGCGUGCAACGAAGAGGAAGCUCUUAAAAUAAUUCUUGGCACGCCAGUUUCUGAUGAUCAGAUGAUGGAGAAUGCCAAACAGAACAAUGUCACAGGUGGUUUUAAAGGAGAAAAUGGCGUGGAUCAUCGUACUACUGAAACUGACAUACGCUCGACUAAGGAGGGCCAUUCUGAAAUGAAGUCAUCCAUAGAGGAGGGAGCUUCUAGUUUUGGAAACUCCCUUGUAGGGCGUUUGGGCUGGUCGUCAUCCUUUGACGAAGUAGUUGACGAAGAGACAAAUACUCGCGAGUGCCGUUCCGAAGAGCGGGAAACACCUUCUGGCAAGGCAUCGGUGGUUGGCGUGGCGAACUGCAAAGUUGCUGUGCCUCGCAGUCCGAGUGAAGUUCAGAGCUAUCAGUCCCUCCUCCAGAGUUACAAUUUACUUUCAGGGAAUUACGUUAAAACACCCGACCUUCGUGACUUUCUGCACAAGUUUGAGAACUCGUCCGAUUCAGCUGCGGAUUUGACCUCGAAUGUUGAAGUUGACGAUCCUUUUUUUCCACUCCAUGGACUUGGAUUUGAAGUGGUCCCAACCUCACCAACAUCGUUGUUUGACAUUCCAGAGUUUGGGAGUCUCGUCCAGCAGUUAGGCAAGCUGGCGACGGAACGUGGACUAGACGCCCAGGAUUACAUGUGCAGAGGUUGCGGACAUCCAAUAGGCAUCAGCUUGAGUAGAGCCAGGGUUUGUUCAUUUGGAGGCGGUUACUACUGCGCUGAUUGCCACACCGGCGAAGAAUGGAUCAUACCUGCGCGUGUGAUUCAUAACUGGGAUUUCAAGCGGUACCAAGUGUCCCGCAAAGCAGCUGCUUUUCUGGAAGAGAUUCAGCAUCACCCACUUCUUGAUCUGAAAGUGCUCAAUCCCAGACUUUACGUUGAAGCCGAAGAAAUGUCUCAGUUGCAGACAUUGCGUCAUAAGCUGAACCUCUUGCGAGCUUAUUUAUUCACUUGUCGUGAGCCAGUUAUAGAAGAUCUACAGAAACGUGUAUGGCCGAGGGAGUACUUAUACGAACAUGUUCAUUUGUACUCUGUUGCUGACUUACUUCAAAUAUCAUCAGGAGUUUUGGCACAACUACUUAGAAAAGUUGUCGCAUUUGCCAAAAACCAUGUUUUGACAUGUUGGCUAUGUAGCCAGAAAGGAUUUAUUUGUGAAGUAUGCAACAACCCAAAAGUUAUUUAUCCAUUUGAUGUUGAAUCAUCUUACAGGUGUGCAGAAUGCAGUGCUGUGUACCACAUUGGGUGUCUAGAUGCUACAAAACCAUGCCCUAAAUGUGAGAGGCGACAAAAGCGUGAAGAUCUGUUGGAAGUUGUAUCGUCUUGACUGCUGAUGUAGGUAUACUCAAAUAAGUGUCGGUAAAUAAAUAAAAAUGUACAUUUACAGUAAACUGAAAUAAAGAAAUUAUCAGUAAACUUACAUAACAAUUAAAAAUUGAGUUUUUCCAAAACUUUUGCUGAUAUAUGUUGGCUAUAAAUGCUCUCUGAAUUGUUGCACAUAAUUUGAGAUUCAAUUUUGGGUGAUAAACUCACGUGGUGUUUGCUGUGAUUUUGAUACUACAUACCUGUAUGUUUGUUUGUUCCUUGUGUGUUGAUUUUUUGAAUGUAAUGCAAUGUAACUUAUUUUACAGUUAUAUGUAGAUAAACCUUUUUUACCCAAAUAGGGGCCAACAUUUUUUCUAAGCUGACACUACAUUUGCUAUCAUAAUCUCUUAAGUUAGUUUUAAUCUCACUCCACAUCACAUUAAUUUAAUCAUAAAUAUCAUCAUUAUCUUUGUGCUCCUAACAUAUGAUACAUUAGAGGUGUGGAAGAAGAACAAAAAAUUCAAAAUGUUUUGAAGAAACCAAGUAAAAUUCUUUAAUUUCCUUCAAUGCACAGGAAGAAUAAAUGUUGGUGUAACCAUCUGCUUUCAAUUAAUUAUCUUAAAGAAUUACUUUUCAGCAGUUGUAGAAAGAUGAGAGUGACGGAAGAGACCCAUCUCUCAGUCCACAACAACAUGGUUUUACAGUUAGUUUCAUGCAUGGGUACGCUCGCCUUUGCCGUAAUGUCACACAGAAACAUCUAACGUUUAACAGUUUGUAUUCUUUCCCAUGACUUUCACUGACUUUGGUGGAUUAUUUUAUUGUAUCAUUUAAAACUGCAUCAACAAAAAAACCUAUUUAAAUGUAUUGCUGGAGAGGGUGAAAAAUCGUUGAAACAAUAUAGCCGCGAAUUAAUGCGACUCGUUAAUUACUUGCGAUUAAAUGCGAAAAUCCCAUAUUCCUGCGAAUUGACACUAAAAACGUCUCAUAAACACUUUGCCGGGCAAAACUAAUAUUAAAAAUACAUUUUACAUUAAUUUUUCAUGGAAAAUUUGACAUUUUAAAUGUUAAUUUUUCACGUACAUGUAAUCAAACCCUAAUAUUUACUCUAGAAACAAACCACGCCACCAUGUUGCCAAAGAAUUGCUGCGAACACUUUUUUUCGGCAUUGUCAACAACUUUACAAACAAUAUGAGAGAAAUAAAAUAUGGCAGCGGUAUAUUCUCUCUAUGAAAUUAUCGAUGUUACUGCGUACGAGUAGUGUCGUUGAAUCUCGUAGGCAAUGGUACUACGUGGUUCAAUAUAUCGAUUGACGAUUCUCGAUGUAUUUCCGUAGCGCCAUUUGCUACAGUACACAUAUACGGUGCAGUAAACCUUUGGUUUGUUUUUGUCGUUGGUUUUUACGCUGUUUGUCAACAAAGUGUCGUUUGUGCUGAUUUUUGAUAAAGGGCUCACAUUUUACCAUACAGUAAUAGUUUUUACGAGUUUAUUAUAAUUAGCGCUUAUAAAAUUCUAUAAUAUUGGUAAUAUUUAUUAUAGUAAGCGCUUAUAAAAUUCUAUAAUAUUGGUAAUAAACGCUAUAAAAAUGCUACAAGUAAAUAUUUAGAUGCUAUAAAUGACCAGAAUAAAUGCUAUUUUUCACCCUCUCUGUGUAUUGACUGGUUACGAAUUUUGUUUAUUCAUUGAGAUACAGCAUUUUACCUAAAAAUUUAAAAUUUAUAUCAAUACUUAAACCAAUAUGAUUCUGAUGUUUUGUUGCAAAAUGUAAAGUUUUAUUAAUGAAAUUCAGCCAUAAUCAAUAUGUAAGUUUUAUUAAGAAGCGAUGCUUAGUUGAAAUAUUAUUGAAAAUUUAUGGAAAUAAUAAUUAAUACGGAAAUGAGUUUGAAAAUUUUUUAUCCCAAUUUUUUCUCUCAAAUUUGAUUGAUAUUCUCGGUUUUUACUUCAUACAUGAGAUCACAGGCUGAUAUAAUCUUUUACAAGCAGUUUUUGGAAAUAGAAUAUUUGGCCUUUAUUUGGGUUCACAUAGUAAUUUUCACACAAUAAAGCUUAUGGUAUUAAAAAAAUAUUUGUUGUUAGAUUGUUAAAAAUAUUAUUUUUGUAUAAAAAUUUUAAUUUUUUAUAAUAUAAAUUGUUUAUUUUAUAGCAUUUGAGUAAGUUCUACAAAUAGUUGCACAGUUGCCAGUUGUGGUUUUAGUUUUUUUAGGUUUAAUUGAAAAAUAUCCAUUCAGAUUACAAAAAUAUGGGUGGAUAUUUUUGGUGUUGUAAUUGGACUAACCCUAGGCACGACAUUAUUAUUUAUUUAAAGUAUUGUGUGAUCUAAUUAUGUAUGUUAACAAUAGUACAGACAUAAUAGGCAGGAAAACCACAAUGUGAUUGGAAAUUUGCAUGAUUUUUGUAAUUUUUGUUAUGUUUCUUGUGUUUUUUCUCUUGUCUCUUAAUAUCUGUACUAUUGUUAUACAUAAUAUUAGUACCUUAUUGGUAUUUGUUCUAGUUUUGGAAUGUGAGUGUUCUUAUAGUAAUUCCUAGAAUUAAAAGAUGUUGAAAAGUCUAUACAGAACUUUAGUAUCCUGUUAAUUUUCCUUGCAACACCGCAACAUUAAAUGUAUAUUAUUCACAACUAUUUUGAGUUGAUGUGGCUUGACAACAUUUCAUAUUUAAAACUUUUGGACAGUAAACAGAGUCAUCCCUUUGUAACUUGUGAUUUCCUGAAUCACAGAUUUUUUUAUUAUGCAUGGUAGAGACAAGAUUUUGUGGUUUUAUUUUAGCUGAAUUAUUUUAAACAGGAGAUUAUUGUUAUUGUUUUUAUUUUCAUUAAUCUGGUUUUUUUCCCUAAGAUACUCAAUUACAAAUUCAAUAAAAAUGACCAUCACAUGUUUCUUGGUAUAUAUUUCACCAAAAAUGUUUAAUAUAGACUGAUAUGCCCUGCAGUUUUACAGUAGAAUAAUUAUUUAAAAUGCAUGUCAAAAAAUAUUUCUACUUCGUGGUGGUUUGCCAGGUUUAUUUGGGAACUAUGAGCUAUUACCGACUUACCCGACUACAUCGAGUGACAAAACUUACACCACAAAUGACAGGAAUAACAGACGAUGAAGUUUCCGACAGAUGGGUACUAGCAUGCAACAGUGGAGUUUCGCCAGGCUGGCAGGGCGGCAAAAGGAUACACAAGUGUAGUUAGCAAAGUCGCUACUGGAUUGCACGCAUUGCUUCACUUUGGCAGUUUCAGGGCCAGAGGGGGGACGUAGGAGAAAAGUUGCCUAAUAGAAGAGGAAAUAAUCCAUGGAUGUACACUAAGUGAAAUGCCAGGUUGCUGCUAAGUCGCAGACAGAUAUUAGGCACGGGGCUCAUAGGAGAAAGUUAGCAUAGCGAAAGGAUAGAGCUGAAAUGGCCCUAAUUUGACACGGUGCAAGGUGAACAGAAUGCAGAUGUGCUCGGAUUAGCACUGGCCAGAUGCUGAAAUGAGCUACCGUUGACUAGCGACGGGCAGUUCCGUGCUGACUGUAAAAUUGGCUAAACUUUUCAGGCCGAAAGUCUUGAAGUAAUGAAAACUCAAAACAAUGUUAACAUUCUGUUUUAAAAUUAUACAUCGAUGAAAUCCAACUUUAUGAAAAUAAAAAAAAUUUAAGUUUGCCAUAAAAUUCCCUUGUUUAGUACCUGGCCUUUUUCCUUUCAAGCUGUAAUAGCUUUUAAGGGAAACGAGAUAGUAAGUUCAAAGAAAAUGUGUCAACUUUAACAUAAAACACUAAUGUUGUAAGUGUUGCAAGGGAAACAAUGGACUUUUUACCAGCAGUUCUUGACUCAUUUGAGUUCAUCAUAAAAUUAUAAUAAAUAUAAAAUCCAGACAGAUGAAGAAGUUAUUAAAAUGGAAUAGAAUUUCAUUUAUUCAGAUUUGUUAUAAAUCUAAAAUGUGGUGUGUGCCAAUUUAAAAAUGUUGCAUUCCUAAGAAAAAGCAAAAUGUUUAUUUUAGCUACCAUUAUGAUACAUGAAACAUUCUUGAGAUGUUUUAAGUCAUUUUAUGAACCACAUAAAUAUGUAAAUUUCCUCGAGAUGAUAAUGUUUUCAAUUUGUUGGUAAUGAUGGUAGUACAGUUGUUUUCAGUUUAUUGUUAAUGAUUGUAGUACAGUUGUUUUCAGUUUGUUGAUAUGAAUGGAAUAAUACCUUCAAUGUAAUUAGUUGUUAGGGAAAAAAUGUUUAUAUUUGUUGAAGUAACCAUAUAGAAAUUUGUAAAUUCAGUGAAAUCCUGGUAAACUAUGGUAGUUUGUUUUAGUGGAUUGCAGAAAUUGGACAGUUACUUCUAAAGCCUUAAAAUAAUGGACCUACAAUAUUUUCACCUUGGCCUAAUGAAUAUAUUCCAUUAAGUUAUUCUGGUUAAAUUUAUAUUGCAUGAGUGCAGAGGUAAGAAGUAGGAAUUAAAGUAAAGAUAAUAUCUUAUUUGAGGAAUGCAAUAGAAAACAAAAUUUUUAAAUUUAAGUCUUACAUUAUUAUUAUUAUUAAUAUUAUGAUGCCUAAUAUAAUUUUUCAAAGAAACUGGUACAAUAUCAGUCAAAAGUUUAAACAAUAUAAUCUUCUUUCAUGCCAAUACUUCAGAUCAUUAAUGUUAACAUUAGCUCUAAAAUAAUUUGUAAGCUAUACCAUAUAGCAAAAUAAUACACUUUUGCUAGUUUUCACUAUUUAAAAGUGAAUUAUUUAAUACCAUGUUCCUACUUGUUAUGAAUAAUGUAACAAUAACAGUAUAUAACAGUGAACAUAACCUUUAGAGGAAAUUAUAAAAAUAAAAUUGAAAAAAACCACCUUUAUUAUGAACACACUAAUCCAAUUUGCACGUUUGAGGUUAGGUUAUUCACCUCUAUAUAGAGUCAGUGGUUGCAUUACUGAGUAUAGUGUUGAUUGGUUCACCUAGAAAUCAAAGGUCUAUGAUCUUCAGGCAAAGUUUCUUGGCUUCUGAAUUGUAGCCGCAUCGAAGGCGAAUAUUUCACAGAUGUUUCGGUCAGCCUUGCAUUCGCCAUUAUCAGGGUACCAGUUAAGUACUGAGGUUCUUGGAAAUUGCCCUACCUUAACACUUAAAAAAAUGGGCUGUUAAAAGUUCCAAACACAUGUGUUUUCAACCAAGUUUGUACUCAUUAACUGUUCAGAUGGAUUCAGAAUUGAAAAAAAAAAUAUAUUAGCACCAUAGAAGAUAUGUGCACAGUAUUUGACCGUCAUGUUUUCAAACCUGCUGAUUCACAACUGCGACUGUGUGCAUUGGCGAGAAGUCGUGUGCGUAAGCAAAAAAUAAAUAUUUUUUAGUUAUGUUUUUUGACCCAAGGCAGAACAGCCAAGAGAUGAGUAGGGUGGCAUUUUGGCAGGAGUUAGAAACUGGUUAUAUUUAUCCGUCAUAUAGUAGCAAGAAAUUGUCGACAUAUUGAUUUGCUUAGGUAAUUCUGGCUUUGUAAAAAAAAAUCAGGCAAUCAUCUGUAGAAUACUAAAAAUAUGUUUGAUGGUUAGAAUUGUUUAUUAAAAUUUUUAUAAAAUCUCUUAUAACCCACAUUAAUUUAUAUGUUGAUGAUAAACCUAUACUGACAAGCUGUUGGUCAACUGUCUAGGAAUAAUUACCAGGUAGUUAAAAAAAAUUAUUUACUAAUGCCAAAUUUUCAUUGAAUAAAAUUAAUACUUAAUAAUUAAAUUGUGAACCUAUUUUUCACAGUGUUCGCAGGCAUUCACGGCCACUGUCUGAAGUAGCUUGGCUUCUGGGUUGUAGCCGCGUCCUUGGCGAAUAAUUCACCGACGUUUCGGUCGACAUCAUCAGGGAGCUGUUACCUAGGUUACCGAAACUUCGGUGAAUUAUUCGCCAAGGAGAUGUGACAUUGCUGAGAAUGCUUACUUCAAUAAAAAAAAUCUCGCAAAGAAAAAUUUAUAUAUUACACAAGUGUGGUUUCUUAAACACUUUUACACAAUAAAAAAAGUAAUAAUAUUGUAAAUAAAACACACAAAAAACACUUUUUUUUUAUCUAUCAGAACCAAAAAUAAUUGCUUAGGUUUGAGCUUUCUUCUUUUUAAAAGUAGCCAAUGUUUGUGGCUUCAAUUGGAGUUUUAUUUGUCAAAAAGUGAAAUACCACACAUUAAUUUGAUUAAGAAUACCUUGUAUACUGUUUCAGUGAUCAACUUUUUCCAUCUGAUACAUGUCUGCUGUUGCCUCAACAUCCCUAAUUGUCUCUAAUAACCACACGCCAAUAACAUUUAGCUAAUUAAUUCAUUAAUUCAUUUGACUUUUGCACGGUACUGUUGUUACAUUUUCUGCUGACAAGUAAAUAAUAUUUAAUAUAUUUUCAAGAGUUUCUACUUGUCAGAAAAAUAUUUAAUGUAUUUUCAAGUGUCAAAUAUGUAUUUAACUUUUGCCAAUUUUGAUCAUUACUGGUAGGGAUCUUGCUCUGCAUUUCUGCAGUUUGCCGGCAUAAAUUUAUUUUAUAAAUAUCGGUUUUGAAAAUGUUACAGCAACAGCUUUGGUAAAUAUAAAAUAAAUGCACUGUAAAUUAAAGUUUACAUGGUAAAUCUUACGGUGUAUUGUGUAUUUUCGGAUAGUUGUGUGGAUUCAUUGCUUGCAAAGCAUGUGGUACAUAUUUGAAAAAUGACUGCAUACAGUAGGGAUAGAAGUGCAUUAACUGCAGUACUGGAUCAUAUGAAAUAUUGUUUGUACAGUGAAACCUCAUUAAUACAAACCUGAGAGAACAGAAAUUCACCCACUUUGUAAUAACGAGGUUUCUAAUAACCGUACUUUCCCAUGUUGCACAUACAUAAUUUGUAUAUUAUGUCGAAACAAAAAAAAAGUGCAUUCUUAUAGUACUAUAUAUUACAAACCUACAUAAAAGCAUUCUCUUUAAGUAAAAACAUGGUUGGCCUACAUUAAAGAUAAUACAAAAUUAUUUACAAUUUUGGAUGAUAUAGUUUUGAAAUGAGAAUUUACACUUAAAACAUAAUACUCUAUUUUUGCAUGUAAUCUCAAUUUUAGUUGACCCUCUAUAACUUGUAAAUAAAUAUGACACAAAAAUAUUUAGUAUCAACUUAAAAUAAAAAACAACAAAAUCAGUGACACAAAAACCGUGACCCAAAUGCAACACAGAACUAACGUAGCAUACCUAUAACUGUCAUUGUAGUAUACACUAACCACGAAACAGUGUGGGCCAUUAAAUUAGUUCACUUGGCAUGAGACAAAGUCCGCACGCUAUCGAUAUCAGCGACCUAUUGAUAUCGAUACUUGACUACGUGUGUGCACUCUGUGAAUUACUGUUCGACCUAACCAACAUGAUUCCAACCAGCGCUCGUAUUUCUGUUAUAAAAAUAAGUAAACUGAAAUUUCUAAAUUAAAUUAUGGAUUUCAACUUAAAAAAAAAAGUUUUAUACAAGAAACAAAGUUUUUGGGCAACUUCGUCAGGAAUAAUAACGUUCAUCGUACAGCUUAUGGAGAAAAUGGUGGGAUGGAACCAUUUGAUCAUAUUUUAUGGGAAAUUAUAUGUUGUGAAAAAAGUCUUAAGUGAGUUUUACGUACAUAAAAACCAGUUUUUACAUAGUAAACAAGUGAUGAAUAGCGGAAAGAAAGUAAUUUCCGUAAUGUAAUUUGAGGGAGAAGUAUUGCAUUGCAUUCACUGACACGUAAAUGUGACCUAAAGAAAAUGUCGUUAAUUGCGGGAAACGUAAAUACACAGAGAAUGCAAAUACUGGGUUUCACUUUAAUGCUUUGUAUUAUCGGAUAUUAAAUAUAUGCAAAACUAGUUUUAGGCCACAAUGGAACUUCAAAUUACACAUCCGGUAUUUCGUAAUAUACAAACAAAUUAACUCUCAACUUCUUAUUCAUGUUGCCAGGGUUUUAAACAUGUUUAUAAUAACGAGGAUUUUGGAUUAACCUAUCUCACUAAUGAGGUUUCACUGUAGUUUUAUAGCUUUCUGAGAUGUGUUAAAAAGUUUUGAAUAAAAUGGUAGUUUAAAAUAUUUUCAAAAUUAAAAGCUUUAUUUUAUUUUAUUUUAUAAUUUGUUGUUCAUUUUUCGUUGUGUAUGAAGCGUGCAUUAUGUUCAUUGUUAUAAAUAAACUUGUACCUGCUUUUAUUUACUCCGUCUUUGCUCUUAUAUUUUGUAAGGCAGUGGUUGUUUUGUGUUAAAUAUGUUUCUUUGCAGAUGAUAAAAUGCUUUAAGAUACAUAUUUGAAAUAGCUUCAUUGUUGUUAACUACUGGCUUGUGUUUACUUAAAGUAAUCAUUUGUUCCAAACACUUUUACUAACUAGUAUUAUAGAUUAUACCUAUUCAUACCUAAUGCUUUGUAAAAAUAGCUAUUGUGUGAUAAUUAUAUUUUGAGUACAAUUUUAAUAUUGUUUUGUAAAGCUAUGUGAUGCUAGUUAAUUAUCUGUUUUGUAAGUCAGGCCAAAGAUAUUAAAAUUAUUUUGUGAAAAUAAAUUUACUCUGGUGUGUUCAUGGGUUUGUUAAAUUUGAUGCGAUCUCCAAUUUCACAAGAAAUAAAGGUUUGUAAUGAAGGAUGUUACAUACCAUUAUGGAAAUGUUUAGUCGAUAGUUUAAUAUAGCAAUGUAAAGAAAAAUACUUUAUGCAUUAAUAUUAAUAAUAAAGUUCAUUUUGUAAAUUUUACAAUAUUAUGUUAUUGUGAAAAUUUUUCAUAUUUAUUAUGGUCUAAUUGUGGUGUCUGAUUGUAUUUUACUCUAGCUUGUGUAAGUUCUUUAUUUCAUUUUUGUUUACUUUGUACCUACAUGUACUGUAAUUAUUUUGUAUAGGAGAUUGACACUUUUCAUAUGGCUGUGACAUCUUCGUGUUCCCCACAAGAGAUGCAUAGAACAAAUAAAAUAAAUGUAGCCUCUCUUGCGUGCUUAAUAAAUAGUCACACCACAAUUAUUUUUAAAGAUCUGACAUAAAUUCAUUAGGUUAAAGAACAGUAAUUCAUAAAGAAAUAAUCAAAACCACAGAUAAAACUAAAGGAAGAAAAAUAAAGACAUAAAUGAUUGUAGUGCGAUUUCAGUUUACAAAAAUGGCUAGUUUCAAUAGUGUUUGCUUGGUUGCAGUGCUGCCAAAUGCAGAAAUGUGGAAAGAAAAAGUUUUGUAUUGAUAUGUUGGUAUGAGUGGAGAUCGCUAAAAAUCAGUUCUCUCUUAUCUGCUCUCUUAAUUUACACGUUAUGUUCUGUUUUUAUUUCAAUGAAACCAUUGCUACAAAAAUAGUGUAAAGAGCUGUAUGUUAUCAAUAAACGUGCCUGCCAUUGUU